UUUAAUCUUUUGAAAAUAAUCAAACUAUAUGUCAAUGUCUAGUGUAAUAUGUAAGCUGAGACAAGACAUAAAUAGCUUGAUGACGAACAAAAUAUUAUAAAACCUCCCUUGUGUUCUUCAGUUUCAUUUCCGGAAAUUCAGUUUGCAGGUCAAGGUCAUUUAUUUUUAGCCAUUCACAAACUUCUGCAAGAUGUUGAAAAGGCUACGAAACAUCACCAAAAGAGAUGCAGAUAAGGAAGAUGAGCCCCCACCCUCUCCACAGCGUCCCCAGCAGGGGUCAGCACCACAGUCACCACAUCGUGAGACUGGGGAUCACAAUAAAGAGGGUUUCUUGUGUCCUAUGUGUAUGAAUGAGAUGUCAUCUGCCGAGGCUCUACAGAGCCAUUUUGACCUUGUCCAUAACCAAGAGCAAGCCAAGGGUUUCCUGUGCCCUAUUUGUAUGCAGUCAUUCCACACAGCCGAGGCACUGCAGCGGCAUUUUGAUGAUGCACAUGAUGAGAAUAAGGGUUUUAUCUGCCCCAUGUGUAAGACAGGAUUCCAGUCAGCUGAGGGCUUACAGUCUCAUUAUGAGAAGGAGCAUGAUGGCCUCGCUGAAAACAGAGCUGGGGAUGUGUUGGCUCUAAGGCAAGAGCUAGAUGACUUGAGAAAGUCUUUGAAGGAAGAAAGAUGGUAUGCAGUUGAACUGAAGAAAGAAAACGAGAGGCUACAGAGUGGAAGAUCACCAACUAAAGGAUCCAUGGACAGCGUUGAAAUGGAUAUGAUGAAGCAACAGCUGAAGGCUUCAGAAGAGAGCAGAACACUGUUGUCUGUGGAGGUGAACAAUAUGCAAAAAGAGCUGAAUGAAGCUGCACAAAAACUGAAAGAUCACAAUGAGGAAAAGAAGAUGAUAGAGCAGAAAGCUGCAAAGCUGGCAGGGGAUGUGGUGUUAUACAAGGCCAGGGCAGAUGAAGCAGAGGGACAGAAGACUGCUUUAGAAGAUCACAUUUUAACUCUCAAGAGUCAACUUAAUGACAAGACUGUGUAUGCCCAGAGUUUAGAGACUUCACUUGCUCAAAGGCCUGGUGCUGAUGAUGUGAUGGUGCUGAAGCAAGAGUUGGUGCAGACACACACCAUGAUGGACCAGCUGGCACAGGAGAAAGAGGCAGAGAAAGAAAAGAUGGAGAAGGACUAUGAAGAGUUAAAGACUAGAUAUCAAGAGAGUGAGCAAUUGACUAGGGAGCUGAGGGAAGAACUGGCUAGGGCUCCCAAACUGGAGGAGUUACAGAGACUCCAGGCAUCUGCUGCAGACUCCAGCUCUGGCUCUCAGAAACUCCUGGAGUCCUUGCAGAAAAAGCAAGAAGAGGCAGCAAUGUUACAGGGACAGCUAGAACAAUUGCGUCAGGAAAAACUGCAACUUGACCAAACUCUACAGGAAAAAUGUUCAGAAAUUGGAAAACUGAACAAAGAAUUAGAAACCAGGGGAAACAGUCUUCACCAGGACAUAGCAACUCUCAAGGAGCAGCUGAAGGAAAGGGACCAGACCAUCCAACAAAAGGACUCCAAUAUCAAAAGUUUAAGGGAAGACAUAGGUGCUAAAGAGACAUUAUGCAAUGAAUUGCAGGAAGAAAUUUUAGAGAAGGAAAAGUCACGAGAAGAAGUCAGAGAGCAGAUGAGAGAAAAGCAACUGGUUUACCAACAGCUUGAGCAAAAGUUUACAGAGAUUGAACAAAAAACACACGACAUGCAGCAAACUUUGAAUGAAAAGGAUAGUUACUUGCAAGAGAUGCAGCAGAUUAUCUCUGAUAAGGAAGAGAGCAGUCAGCAGUUUCAGCAGCUCUUGCAGUCCAGUCAAGAAAAUUGUGAGCAGCUUCAGAAACAGUUGGGAGAGUUGGAACAGAGGAAUGUACAAUUGCUAACAUGUGUUGAGGAAAAGGAACAAAGCCUCAAGGAAAUUCAGGAAGAUGUGAUGAAGACCAAGGCAGCUAUGGCAGAGAAGGAAACUCAUCUAGCAUCUUUAACUCAACAACUCGGGGACACCAAGCAAUCCUCACAAGGGCAGCUACAUGAGAGAGAACAGCAGUACACUGCUCUGAAACUGGAACUGGACAAGUCUGUAAACCAAGUUAAGGUCCAUAAAGCCAGUAUUGAGGAUCUGACAAAGCAGCUAAAUGAUGUUCACAUAAGACACCAAGAAGAGUCCUCCAGAGCCGAGGAGUUCAGAGUUCUGCUGAGAGAGAAGUCCGGGGAAUUGGAGAAUGAAAUAAGAAGUAGAGAAGCAAGGGAUUCUAAAAUCAAAGAGCAGGAAGGCAUUCUGUCAUCACUCAGGGAAACCAUAGACCGCAUGGAGACGGAGAAGACAGACCUUAUAGCGAAGAUAGAAGCUGGGGAGGGAGUGGCCACUGCCAUCAAUCAACUUAAACAGGAAAAUGCAACUCUCCAUGAACAACUGACUAAUGCAAAGAAGACCUUGGAAACUCAGGGUGAGGAGAACCAGAAGAAGGAAGAGACCCUGUUCAAGCAGCUCCAAGAAGUAAAAUCACAGCUUGCAGAUGUCCAGGAAAAGUGCGCCAAGUCUGAGGUGGGCUUGACCGAGAAAGGGGAGAAACUGGCAUCUGCGCAACAAAGGAUUAUCGAGCUGGAGACUGAGAUAAAGAGCAAGCAUGAAGUGUUACUGGCCACAGAAGCAGCUAAGAGCAGCCAGAGAGCUGACCUGGAGAACCACAUCAAGACCACACAGGCAGCACUGGAGGAGAAAACCCAGGAGCUGAACUCCAUCAAACAGCAGCUGGAACAGGUGACAGGUGAAUUGAACUCCCGUGGUGACCAGUGCAGACAGCUGGAUGUCACCUUAAAGGAAGCCAAAACCAGGUGCAAUGAUCUGGAGCAGAAAUGUGUGGCAGCACAGGCAGAUAUUGCCAGCAAGGUGACUGCUUUGGAAAAACUUCAAGGUGAAAAAGCAGACCUAGAGAAGAAAUUAAAAACUGCUAAAAGUGAUGGAAGAGAGAAAGAGAACUCUCUCUCAAAGGCUAAUUCCGAAAAUGAGAUACUGUCAUCAAAACUGAGCAAAGCAGAAGGAACAUUGAAAGAAAUAUCAGAGAAGCUGGUCACCACAGAACAGAAAGUUGAAAAAACUGCUGAAGAACUGAAAGCAAAGAAUGCUGAAAACAAGAAGUUGACUGCUGAAAAAUCCAAGUUGGAACAAAAGUUGUCAGCUGUGUCCAGUGAGCUACAAGAGAAAGAAACCUCCCUGAAAAAGCUGACAACUGACCUAGAGUUAUCCACUGUCCAGUGUCAAAGGUUGGAGACAGAAAGUAACAGCAAAAGUGACCAGCUGACCAAGCUGCAGGGAGACUUUGACCAGUUGACCAAGCAGCUUGGGGACAAGACUAGGGAACUAGAAACCCAAGUUGCUCUGGGGAAGACACUGCAAGGAGAUUUGGAAAAUGCUAAAAGAGAUCUUCAGCUAAAGGGAGAAGAGUUGCAGGGAGCAAGACAGGCUUUGGAAGAAGUAACGAGAGAACACACAACAACAGUGGAGUCACUUAGGCAGAGCUCAGAAACUUCAGUACAAGAUGUGAAAAAUGCCAAGCAGCAAGUGGAGGAGAAGCUGAACCAGAUGGCUGCAGAGAAAGAGGAACUUUUACAGGUAAAAUCUCAACUUACUAAUGAGGUAGGCUCUUACAAACAGGCCUUGGAAGGACUGAGGAAGGAAUUUGAAGACACCAAGGAACAAUUGAAUCAAGAAAAGACUAAGUUACUUGACCAUGUGCAGCAGACCAGGGAAGAAAGGGACCACUCAGUCAGGGAUUUGAAGACACAGAUACAGCAGCUAGGUGAAGAAGUAAGCCAGUUAAAGGUUUCUCUAGAACAGAAGUCACAAGGUGAAGCUGUAACAAAAACAAAGGUAAGACAAAAACAUCAUAUAGUAAAAUUACAGACUAAAGAACAAGAAUUUCAGUCCAGUCUAGAAAAGAAGAUAACUGAGUAUAAGACACUUCAAAAGGAGUGUAGCAAUUAUGAAGAACAAAUUGUAAAAUUGCAGCAGCAAUUUAGAGAUGAAAAUGAAAAAGUCAACAAACUUCAGAAAGAGCUACAGAACACCAAGCUAGCACUUAAAGAGACUGAAGAAAACCUGCAGCAUGCUACAGCAGAAUUGGAGAAAGCUCAAGAUAAUGAACUUUCGCUUAAUAACUCAAUUGAGGAGAUUUCUGAGGUUAAGUCCUCGUUGGACGGCAGGAUUUUACAACUGGACACAGACCUGAACAAGGCUGUUUCAGAAAGAGACUCACUGACGGAGGAAAAGAAACAAAUUUCAGGAGAACUUGAUGGUCUCAAGCAGAAGUAUCAGAACUUGACAGAGGAGAAGGCAGCUGUGGAUUCAGAACUUGCGUCUCUUAAAGUCACGUUAGAAAAAGACCGCCAAGAUGCCACACAGGAAAUUAAUAGUCUGCAAGAAGCCAAGCAGUUACUUAUUACCCAGAAGUUGGAGCUACAGGGGAAAAUAAACCAGUUAGAGGAAGACAUGAAUAAGGUUAAAGCUGAGAAAGAAGAAAGUGCAGAAGUGGCCAAGAAUGUUCAGAUGAUGUUGAAGGAAGAAAAUGCUGGGCUGCAGCAUAAGCUGGCUGCAGAGAUAGAAGCCAGAGAAAAUGCCAACAAGGAGAAGGAAGAACUGGAGACCAGGAAUGAAAUGCAGUUUUCAGCUCUAAAUGAGAAUUUGGCAACACUUCGCCUGGAUCUUCAGGUGGCCCAGGAGAAAUACUCUGAGCUGACCAAGGAAAAUGACGAAAUUAGGGGUGAAAAACUAGAGCUGGAGGCAAAGCUAGAAAAUAACAAUGACGAGAGGCGGGCGCUGCUGGAGAGAUGUCUGAAGAGUGAGAAGAGCUGUGAGGAGUUGAGACAAAAGGUCGCAGAGUACAGGAGAAAGUUUGAAGAGACCACAGCAGCGCUACAAGAGCUGGGGAGAGAGAACCAGGUGCUUCAGAUUCAGACGACUAAAGUGGUCACAAGAAAGUGGGCAGAUGACAGUGAAGUGUUAGAGUGCCAGGCCUGCAGUAAACCCUUCUCUGUCACUGUGAGGAGGCAUCACUGCCGUAACUGUGGCCAGAUCUUUUGCCACGAGUGUUCCAGCAGAAACGCAACAAUUGCAUCCUCCAAGAAGCCAGUGAGAGUUUGUGACACCUGUUAUGGAGAGGUUGGGAAGAGGUAGAACACCUUUUUCUUGAAUCCUGGAGGACUUCUAAUGAAUCAAGCAUAUAAAUAAGAAUUAAGUUUAAAGUUGGUGUGCUUACUUAUAUAGGCUGUUUUAUAGCUAAUGAUUAUGCUGAUAAACAGAAAGUUUAGUGUGAGUACUGUGUAUUUGGGAUAUGCUUUUAAGAUGAGCUGAGGAAAAAUUGAUAUCUGUAAGUUUCUAAUUUGUAUACUUUCUUUCUACUUCUUACACAUUCUUAACAAAGUGUUCAUUUUAUUUGAUAUAAAUCUAUUUUUCUUUAGUAGAGCUAUAUGAACAGUUAUUUUAAACAUUGUUAUGAGAAAUUAUUUCAUUUUUAGAUGUAAUUCAUGUACACGUAAAUUGGUUUAACUGAAAAAAAGACUUUCCUAAAAAUUUGUCCAGGAAUUUUGAUUGAUUAAUUGAUUAUAAUUAGGUUCAUUUAACCUUUUUGCUGCAAUUGAUAUAAAACUCAUGAAGAAUGAAGUUUUUGUGUUUUAUGGAGAAUUUUGAUCUACAUCAGAAAAACUUGUUUCUUUGUUUGUUCAUAUGAAUUAGGCAAUUAAAACUUAUUGCUGAUAAUGUUGAUAAAGAAAAAUGUUUUGAAAAAAUUCUUUUCAUAAUUUUGCAAGCUGGCACAGAUUUGUGAUGUGCAAUAUGAAUGCUGUUACAGUAAGUCAUGCCUAAAUACUCCUCUUAGAUACUAGAUGAAAUUACAGACCUGGUGGUAUUGUAUUUAGGGUUGCAUUUGUUUUAUAAGUGGCUUUUUAGAUAAUUUUAUAAGUAACCACUUUGAAGUAGCUGUUAUCAACAUGCAAUCAUACAAAAUAAUGUUUUAUUUUUCUAAGGCAUCACUGAAAAAUAAAUGGCAACUGUCAUGCCAGUGCAGAAAAUCUGCAGUUCUAAAAUUGGAA